UGGAAACACCCCACACUGAAUUCCAACAGUUCUUUUUCCAAAAUCGAAUUCUGUAGAAAAAGAGAAUUCCAAAAUUCAGCAAACUGUGCACAAGUGUGGAAAAGAUAUCAGGACAGUGUGGGUUUCAACUUUGUCAAGGGAAGUUUUGUUGGUUAAGCCUUUUUGCCAACAUCUCUGACAAUGAGCAGUGUCAAUCUGGAAGGUGCCUCCAACAACUCAAGCUAUUAUGACGAGGACUAUAACUAUACUGACUUUGAUCUCACCCCCUACCUUCCUUGUGGGAAGGAUGAAGUCAGAGCAUUUGGGAAGAUCUUCCUCCCAGUCCUGUACAUCACGGUUUUUGUUUUUGGAGUGAUUGGCAAUAGCUUUCUGAUCCUCAUGAUACUCAAGUACCUCAAGUUGAAAACAAUGACUGACAUCUACCUAUUGAAUUUGGCCAUUUCUGACCUACUGUUUAGCACGUCACUCCCCUUCUGGGCCACUUAUGUGACUUCAGAGUGGAUCUUCGGAAAUACCAUGUGCAAAAUAAUAAGUGCCCUCUACAGUGUGAAUUUCUACAGUGGCAUCUUCUUCAUAGCCUGCAUGAGCUUGGACAUGUACCUCCACAUUGUCCACACAGUAUCCUUGAAGAACCACAGGACAAUCUACAAGAGCAUUGUCAUCAGUGCUGCUGUUUGGACACUGUCUAUAAUUGUUUCAAUCCCUGAACUCAUAUUCAGCGUGUCCAAGAAGAUUGGUGAUAGGCAUACUUGCCUUAGUCAUUUUGGCGAUGAGCAACUUGUGAUCUGGAAGACAACGGUACAACUCCAGGUCAACAUCAUUGCAUUUCUCAUUCCAUUUUUUGCCAUGAUCUUCUUCUACACUCAGAUUGCCUCUGUCCUGCUUCACUCGAAAUCCUUCGGCAAGGAGAAAGCCUUAAAACUGGUCAUCAUAUUGUUUGCUGUCUUCUUCAUCCUCUGGUUCCCCUACAACAUCGUCCUUUUCCUGCAUUCCUUGGAAGACCUUGGCAUCAUUGGUAAUUGUGAAAUGAGCAAGAGGCUGGAUUAUGCUUUGCAGAUAACUGAGUCUAUCGCCUUCACCCACUGCUGUUUCAAUCCACUACUCUACGCUUUUGUGAAUGAAAGAUUUCGGAGACAUGUGAAAAAUAUUUUGGUGAAGCUAAUUCAGAAGAUUGGCUGCAACAAGGAGUUAGGAGUCAUGGUCCCCACUGCAGAGCGUAGUGAAACUAGCAAGCAGCAAUACUGCAUGUAUUCCGACGUGGAAAUGACAAUGGUCCAGUAGUGGUCUGGUAAAGGAGACAUAACAUCAGUUAGAAACCUACUUCAAUGUUUCAAAUCAUGUUGUAUUGAAUCUUCUCAAAGGUAUUCAAACCUGUCAGGAUGUAAAAAUGCUUAUGAAGUGCCGGUCAAGCUGACCUUACCAAACACAGUGACGCAAAUCACUAUUCAAUGACUUGGAAUCUCGAAAUAUUCUGCCAGAUACAAACAUCACAUGGCUCUCCGUUUCACAAUUUCUGCACAUGUUCUCUAAUCCAACCUUCUUCAACUUCUCCUAACUCUUGCCUUAUCAUCCACUCCUCACCUUAGUUUUGUCCUUGCAUUUCCGUAGUUAAGUGACAAUAGUGUAGUGGUUGUGUCUUUGGGCUAGUAACCCAAAUCCUCUGUUGAUGCUCUGGGUUCAAAUCCCAUCACGGCAGCUGAUGGAAUUCAAGCUCAUUUAAUAGAAGUCUGGAAUAUAAAGCUAAUUGUCUGUAAUGGUACCCAUAACAAUUAUUAGCGAUUAUUGCAAAAACUCAUCUGGUACACGAAUGCCCUUUAGGAAAAUGAAUAUGCUGUACUUACCUGGUCUGGCCUACAUGUGACUCCAGACCCAUAGCAAUGAGGUUGACUCUGAAAUGGCCAAGCAAACCACUCAGUUCAAAGGGCAAUAAAGAAUGGACAACAAAACAACUUGACAGUCACCCUCCCAUGAAAAAGUAAAGGAAAAGUUACUGUCAAUACUGGAUGUUUAGGAACAAUGAUGUUUAUCAUUACUUAAGUCCAGUCACCAUGGAAACCGCAAUUCAGUCAGAAACCAUAAGACAUAUGAGGAGGAGUAGGCCAUCUGACCCUUGAGCCUUCUCCACCAUUCAAUAAGACCAUGGCUGAUCUUUUUGUGAACACAGCUCUACUUACUCGCCUGUUUGCCAUAACACUUAAUUCCUUUACUGUUCAAAAAUCUAUCCUUCUUUGCCUUAAAAACAUUAAAUGAGGAAGCCUCAAUUGGGCAGGGAAUUCCACAGAUUCACAACCCUUUGGGUGAUGAAGUUCAUCCUCAACUCAGUCCUAAAUCUGCUGCCCCUUAUUUUGAGGCUGUGUCUCCCCUAGUUCUAGUUUCACUUACCAGCAAAAACAACCAGCCUGCUUCUAUUUUAUUUGCUCCCUUUUUAAUAUUAUGUUUCAUUUAUAUGAUAUCACUUUGAAAGACAUGUUUAGUAGAUAAAUGAUAGAGGGUUGCCCGGGGAUAAUGUAAACAAACUACUCUAAUUGAUUUAAUCCUUGAGAAAAUUUGAACCAGUUAGAAAAAGCGGAUCAAGACAAAUUGACUUUUGAUUGGUUCCUAGAGCUUUAGCACCAAAGAAAAGUACAGCACAGAAAGAGGCCAUUCAGCCCUUCAUGGCUGAAUAAAUUACCUGCCCCAUUCUUAUUUCCACUUUGCCCAGCUCCUGAUCUGUAGCCUUACAGGUUACAGUGUUUCAGGGGUAGGUUAAGGUUCCUUUUCAAUGAGCUGAGGGUUUACACCUCAACCACCAAACUGGGCAGCGGUUUCUAGACACCCGGUCACUCUCUGUAUGAAGAGCAUUUCCCUCGCCCCACUCCAGUUUUUGUCCUCUCCAUUUGGGGAAAUAGAUCUUUCCUCUAUCCUUCACUCUAUCCAAGCCUGUCCUUAUUUUGUAUACUGAUUCACUCAACGCCAUCCUGGCCUCCUCCAUCCUAAGAAAAACAAUCCUAAUCUGUCCAAUCUUUCCUGCAAUUUUCAAGCCCUGGCAACAUUCUUAUCAUGCAUCUCUGUAGCUACUCCAGUGCAAUUACGUGCUUCCUCUAAUAUCAUGACCAGAACUAUAGAUUAAAUUCUAAACUGUGUUUAACCGGAUUUUUAUACAGUUCAAACAUUAAGUUCAUAGAUUCAUACAGUGCAGAAAAGGCCCUUUGCCCCAUUGAGCCUGCACUAACAUAACUACACUAAAGAUUCACUGAUCACAAUUUUCUGCACUUGUCCCAUAUCCUUAAGUAUUAUGAUAUUUGAAGUCCACUUCCAUAUCUUUUAAAAUUUUCCAGCCUCUACUACUUUCCCAGGCAGUGCAUUCCAGAUUCCCACCACCAACUGAGUGAAAAGGCUUUUUUCCUAAAUUCCCUCUGAAUUUCCUGCCCCUUACCCUAAAACUAUGCCUCAAUGAUCCCUCAAUCAAGGAGAACAGCACUCUCUAUUCACCCAGUCCAUACCCCUCAACCUUAUAUACCUCAGUCAUGUCCCCCCUCAGUCUUCUCUGCUCAAGAGAAAACAACACAAGCCUGUCUAGUCUCUCCAUAUGUCUCAAUUUCUACUUCCCAGGCAACAUCCUGGUGAACGUCCUCUGUACUCCCUUUAGUGCUAUCACAUCCUUCCUGUGGUGAGAUGAUCAGAACUGUACUCAGUACUCCAGCUGUAGGUAACCAAUACUCUGUACAGCUUCAAUGUUACCUCCUUGCCCUUACACUCUACGCUAACUGAUGAAAGCAAGUGUUCCAUAUGCCUUCUUAACUAUCCUAUUCACAUGCUCUGCCAACUUCAGGGAUUUGUGAAUAAUUACCCCAAGAUCCCUCUGCCCCUCUACGCUACCAGCAUCCUGGCAUUCACUAAAUACUGGCUCAUUUUGUUUCUCCUUCUAAAGUGCGUAACUUCACACUUAUCAGGGUUAAAUACCAUCUGCCACUGUUCUCCCCAUCUGACCAACCCAUCUGUGCCUUUCUGUAACUUAUAACCAUUUUCUUCACUAUUAACUACUUUAUCAAUCUUGGUGUCAUCUGCAAAUUUGCUUAACAUUCUCCCCACAAAUUGUUAUCUAUAUUGUUGAUGGAUAUAUCAAACGGUAAGGGUCCAAAUACUGAUACCACUGGAUGCCAGCCUCCUUAAAUCCCUGGCUUUGUCAUCUAUUCCUUGUUCAAUGGAGGAGACAUUCCACAUACUUUCUUCUCCCCCUUAUCUACUUGUCCAGUCACCUGCAGGGACCUGUGGACAAUCACUCCCUGGUCUUUCAUUUCCUUUUUCCUUCAGACUAUUGUGUAUUCCUUUGCUCCAUUUGCUUGUUUUGCUAAAUCUAACCAUAUAAUGGUUACUAUUUCUAAACUGAUGACUCACUGCUACUGCAUCCACUUGCCCAGUCUAACUUCCCAAAAGUAAAUCUAGAAUUGCUUCUCCUACAUUUUCCCUUUGCACAUUGUUCCAGCUGAAAUAAUCAUCCACGGAUCUGUUGAAUAAUUCAAUUGAACCUAUCCUUACCACACCACCUGCCAGCACAUUUCAGACCUCAUUGUGUGAAAAAUGUGUGCUUACAACAUGUAUUUGCAUUCCUUUGCAUAUUCUCUUGACAUGCAAAUGAGGAUUUAUAAAACAUAGAACAUAGAACAUAUAACAUAGAAAAGUACAGCACAGUACAGGCCCUUCGGCCCACGAUGUUGUGCCGUGGAAUAAUCCUAAUCCAAAAAUUAAAUAAUCUAACCUACAUUCUCCUCAAUUCACUGCUGUCCAUGUGCAUGUCCAGCAGUCGCUUAAAUGUCACUAAUGACUCUGCUUCCACGACUUCCACUGGUAACCUAUUCCAUGCGCUCGCAACUCUCUGGGUGAAGAAUCUCCCUCUGACGUCUCCUCUAUACCUUCCUCCUAACACCUUAAAACUAUGACCCCUCGUGGCAGUCAAUCCUGCCCUGGAGCAAAGUCUCUGGCUAUCGACUCUAUCCAUGCCUCUCAUUACCUUGUACACCUCGAUCAGGUCACCUCUCUUCCUCCUUCUCUCCAGAGAGAAAAGUCCGAGCUCAGUCAACCUCUCCUCAUAAGACAAGCCCUCCAGUUCAGGCAGCAUUCUGGCAAACCUCCUUUGCACCCUCUCCAAAGCCUCCACAUCUUUCCUAUAAUAGGGCCACCAGAACUGGACACAAUAUUCCAAGUCUGGUCUCACCAGGGUUUUGUAGAGCUGCAGCAUAACCUCGUGGCUCUUAAACUCGAUCCCCCAGUUAAUGAAAGCCAAAACACCAUAUGCUUUCUUAACAACCUUAUCCACCUGGGUGGCAACUUUGAGGGAGCUAUGCACUUGAACACCAAGAUCCCGCUGUUCCUCCACACUGCCGAGAAUCCUGCCUUUAAUCCUAUAUUCAGCAUUUAAGUUCGACUUUCCAAAAUGCAUCACUUCACAUUUAUCCAGGUUGAACUCCAUCUGCCAUUUCUCAGCCCAGCUCUGCAUUCUGUCAAUGUCUCGCUGAAGCCUGCAAUAGCCCUCAAUACUAUCAACAGCACCUCCUACCUAUGUGUCAGCAGCAAACAUACUAACCCAAACCUCAACCUCCUCAUCCAAGUCAUUUAUAAAAACUACAAAGAGCAGAGGCCCUAGAACAGAGCCCUGCGGGACACCACUCAGCAUUGACCUCCAGGCAGAAUACUUACCAUCUACAACCACUCUCUGCCUCCUGUCAGCCAACCAAUUCUGAAUCCAGACAGCCAAAUCACCCUGUAUCCCAUACCUCCUGACUUUAUCGAUGAGCCUGCUGUGUGGAACCUUAUCAAAUGCCUUGCUGAAGUCCAUGUACACCACAUUCACUGCUCGACCUUUGUCAACUAAAGGCUGAACUUUUCCAUUUUCUGACAGUUUUCUUUUGGCGCGGCCUGCCAUAGUUCACUAAACUCUCCUUGUGCAAUCUUCAUUAGUUCAGCAACUGACUCUUACAAUUGUGUUGUAAUUGUGAUGGAAAUGUUUGCCACUGUCAGGGCAUUGCAACAUUCAGGCUGCUGGCACAAAGCUGCACAGCACUUCACAUACAGCAAGCCAGGAACUGCCUUUCACAGUGUGCUGACAAACUCUCAUCACAGAGAACGUGAUCCAGAAAGGAAAGCUGGUAGUUAGAAGUUUUGCAGGCAGAGACCUAGAGGUGUUAAUGGUCAGAGUGGUCAUGAGAAGGACAGUGCUGUUUCCUCCAGACCAAAGUAGGCCAACACCACCAGACAGAAUCAGCCUGGACAGAGAUAACAGCCUAGGUCAAUGUGGCAUCAGGGUGAAAAGCAACAUUCAGCAGUGCCAAAAAGGAGGUAAAUGACCUUCUUGAUCGGCAAGGCUAGGAUGCUGCCAUUUUUCCUGUUACUCUAUACACAUAGGUCCACCACUGCUCAUUAUCUCUACAUGGUUUGGUAGUACACGCGUCCACUUGGUGUCUUCAGGCCAACACGGUCAACUAUAAAGUAGGCUUCCUCCACACCAUCUAUAGAUGUUGGGACAGCUAUGCCAAGGUCAUCUGUUGCAAAGCCAUCCAUCUGUUUUGUUGAUAACUGCGGUGUGUCACAUGUAGACCAGCCAAGAACAGAAGGUUCCCUUUCCUAAAGGACUUUGGCAAGCCAGCCUUUUUAUUGACAAUGGCUGCAUACUUGUUAUUAGACUAGCCUUAUAAUUCCAGACUCUUACUUAAUUCAAAUUUUAUCAUCUGCAUUUUAACCCACACCCAACAAAACAAAAAACUGUCGAUGCUGGAAAUCUGAAACAAAAACAGAAAUGGCUGGAGGAAUUCAGCAUGUGUGGCAGCUUCUGUGAAGAGAGAAAAUAGAGUUAACAUUUCGGGUGCAGCGACACUUCUUCAGAAAACCACAGGCUAUUAGUCCGGGGCUCUGAAUUACUAAUCCAAUAGUAUGAACCUCUGAGUGCAGAGAAAUAAUUAAGAUUCUAAAAGAGAUAAUUAGGACAGUUGCUCUGUGAAGGAAAAGAAGUUAUGUCAAACCUCUUCAGAGAUAGUAGGAACUGCAGAUGCUGGAGAAUCUGAGAUAACAAGGUGUAGAGCUGGAUGAACACAG